AUGUCGCGCGGUUCUAGCUCGGGCUUCGAUCGUCACAUCACGAUCUUUUCGCCUGAAGGUCGUUUGUAUCAAGUUGAGUAUGCAUUCAAAGCGAUCAACCAAGGAGGACUCACGUCCGUGGCUGUGAAAGGCGUUGAUUCAGCAGUUGUGGUCACGCAGAAGAAAGUGCCGGAUAAGUUGCUCGAUCCGACGACGGUGACGCAGCUGUUUCACUUGACUGAGAAUAUCGGAUGCGUGAUGACUGGCAUGCCAGCCGACUCCAGGUCACAAGUGCAGCGAGCUAGGUAUGAGGCGGCUAACUGGAAAUACAAGUAUGGCUACGAGAUCUCCGUCGACAUGUUGUGCCGUCGAAUUGCAGACAUUUCGCAAGUGUACACUCAGAAUGCGGAGAUGCGACCCUUGGGAUGCUGCAUGAUGCUGAUCGCGUAUGACGAUGAACUGGGACCAUGCGUGUACCGUGCUGACCCAGCGGGGUACUUUUGUGGUUUGAAAGCCGCCGCUGUCGGAGUGAAACAGACCGAGGCGACGUCUUAUCUGGAGAAGAAGUUCAAGAAGAAGCAAGACUUGAAUGUCGAGGAGACGAUCCAGUUGGGAAUCGGUGCCCUUUCUUCGGUUUUGUCGGCGGAUUUCAAGCCGACCGAGUUGGAGAUCGGUGUGGUCACUGCGCGGGAGAAGAAAUUCAAGAUUUUGACAGAAGAUGAGAUCGAGAAGCACUUGGGUACAGUUGAGAUCCUUCCUCGUCCCGAGAUGGGUUUGCCUGACAGAAUCUCCCAGUCUGUGGAAGUGACACGUUUCCACACAAUGGAGAGAGUGAAUCGUCAGGUCCUCAUUAUCGACGGACACAAUCUCCUGUACAGGUUGUUUGGAGCGAGGACGAAGGAAUAUAAAUGUGGCCCGGAUUUCAAAGACAUGAGUGCCCGGUUUAAGGCCUUCAUGGAGUACCUCAAGCAGCAGACAUUGUUUCCCAUUCUUGUGUUCGACGGUUUCAGCGGAACCUUAGCUGGGUCAAAUACAUCGUUGCCGAAUAUGUAUUUGUCGCUGGUUGAAGACAUGGAGGUUCCUGUGUACGUUGCGGUGCGUAUCGCUGACGAGUUGAUCGCUGUCGCAGCCAGAUUUUGCAACGCUAUCGUCAUCUCAGAAGACACAGAUUUCCUCAUGUACGGCGUGAGGAUGAUUACGUGCUCUUUUCUCGCCGAUGCGUUUCAACGGAAGCACGACUGGUUCACGAGCGAAGUUCCCGUGAGGCACGCGGCAUUUUUCUACAAGAAUCUUGAGCAAAACGAGUGCUUGAAAAUGUUGGCCAAGGUGAGGGUUUCAGUUCAGGAAAUGGCGUCUACCCCAGAUAAAAAGCUCAAGAAAGCCCUAUUGACUUCCUUGAAAGAAAGUACGUGUGUGGAAGGAGAUCCUCUGACAGCGCUGAAAAUCCUAAUGAAUGUGUUCGAGGAGAACCUGAAGGCAGAGCCGAAGCUGCGUCAGAAGCUGUGGAAAGCCACUGCGAACUACGAGAAAUUUGCUCACGAGUGCAAUUUGUUGCUGAAUCGGUGCUCUGAUCUUUUGAAUCAGAAUUUCAAGGACGAAUCGUUGAUGUGGCUCUGGGAACGGGUUCAACCCAGUCAAUUUGCCGUUGGCCCGUUCGUCAUGUACUCGAUGAGAAGAAAGAUCCGAUUCAUACCAACGGCUCUCUACCCCGAUGCCUUCAGAGCAGCGAAUGUUCCAACAUCCGCAUUUUGCGCCCUGGUGGACGCCGCGAGUCAGCGUCCAGUGGAACGUGUGACUGUGGAACCCUGCCCGGACGACGGGUCUUUGGGUUUGCAAUUCCACGAGUCCAUUAAUGGGAUCGAAUUCACUUCGGGUUCGGACGGCGAGACGUUGUUGCGACGUCUGUUGGAGCUCGACGACGACGAGGCCUUGUGGAGAAACAUUUCGGAUCUGCCGCAGUCCUCUUCUGCUUUCGGGGUUGCCGUGAAUUUGUGGUUGAGGAACGAGUGUUUCGUGGUGGGCAAGGCGGUCCUUACGGCGGCACUCAUCACUCAUCUGGCCUUGUCGUCAGUGCUGAUGGGCAUAGACACGAGUUUGUUUUUGAACACGCCGAGCUGCAACUCGGAAUUCAAAGCGUGUACCAUGUACUCCGGUCUGCUCGUGAUCGCAGAAAGGGUCAACCUUGUGCUGUGUCUUCUGGGAAACCCACUGGCACCCAUCAAAGCAAGACUGUGUUUUAGUGGUUCUCUCUUCUGGAAAUGCUUAUACUUCAUUCGUUCCGGGGGUCAGGGACCCGACGAUAUCCUAAAUAGACUGAUCAUCGAUCGCGGCGAACGGGAAAGUUGCCGUGAUCUCCUCGGAAAGUUGUUGAACCUCUAUGAUGACAAUGCGGGUAUAUCGAAAAAGUCGUCGGCCGUGGAUCAAAAAGCAGAACGAAAGAGACGGAGAAAGAGUCGUGAAGUUGCUGCACGGAUUUCGAAGAAGGCCGAACGACGUCGAGGAGUUGAGUCAACGACGGAUCCCAUCGUGGUCGAGGACGAAGUUGAACAGCCGCGUAAGAAAAGCAAGAACGUCGUCGUCGAGUCUGAGAAGUUAUUUGCUGUCAGUUCGAACGAUCAGUUCUCGGAGGAAACCUAUCUUUCUCAAGUCGAAAUUAAGUCCCAUCGUUUGACGAACAAUUUGCCCAGCUGA